GACAAGCCGAAAUCAGCAGUCAUGGCCCCCGUCCCCCGCGUUUACUCCAAGACCUACAAGGUCCCCCGUCGUCCUUUCGAGUCGGCCCGUCUUGACUCGGAACUGAAGAUUGUCGGCGAGUACGGCCUGCGCAACAAGCGUGAGGUGUGGCGUGUCCAGCUCACCCUGUCCAAGAUUCGUCGUGCUGCUCGUGAGCUCCUCACCCUCGACGAGAAGGACCCCAAGCGUCUUUUCGAAGGUAACGCUUUGAUUCGCCGUCUGGUCCGCAUCGGUGUCCUCGAUGAGUCUCGCAUGAAGCUCGAUUACGUCCUGGCCCUCCGCGUUGAGGACUUCUUGGAGCGUCGUCUUCAGACUUGCGUCUACAAGCUCGGUCUUGCCAAGUCCAUCCACCACGCCCGUGUCCUGAUCAAGCAGCGUCACAUCCGUGUCGGCAAGCAGAUCGUCAACGUCCCCUCCUACAUGGUCCGCCUGGAUUCCCAGAAGCACAUCGACUUCGCCCUUACCUCCCCCUACGGUGGUGGCCGCCCUGGCCGUGUCCAGCGCAAGAAGGCUGCCGCUGCUGCCGGUGGUGGUGACGACGAGGCUGAGGAGGACGAGGAGUAAAGGAUUAAAAAUUGGAGUACGGACGGGUUUCGUUAGCCAAAAUAAAAUCACGGGGCUCCGUUAUGGCUGCAGCAUAGCGUAUAACGUUGUACGAUCAUGCGAUUCCAUUAAUGAACUAGUAGCCUACGGCUCGAUUCCCA